GCUCCCGCGGAGCCUCAUCCCCACUCUCUCCCGGCGCGCUGACGCCGGGCUCGGAGGCCGCGGAGGAGUCGAGGUCCCGCGCCCGCGAACCUUCCACCUGCCCGAGACCCGGGUGCAGCCAUGGGCUACCCUGGGCAGCGGCCCGUCAUCCCGCCGCAGAGCCAUCGAGAUGACAGAGAAACCCUGGUUUCUGAACAUAAGCACAAAGGGAAAAUUUGUCGUCAGUCUGCUGCCGUUUUUAAUGUUGUCAACUCGAUUAUAGGGUCUGGUAUAAUAGGUUUGCCUUAUUCAAUGAAGCAAGCUGGCUUUCCUCUGGGAAUAUUGCUUUUAUUCUGGGUUUCAUAUGUUACAGAUUUCUCCCUCAUUUUAUUGAUAAAAGGAGCUGCCCUUUCUGGAACAGACACUUACCAGUCUUUGGUCAAUAGAACUUUUGGCUUUCCAGGAUAUCUCUUACUCUCUGUUCUACAAUUUUUGUAUCCUUUCAUUGCCAUGAUAAGUUACAACAUAAUAACUGGAGAUACUUUGAGCAAAGUUUUCCUAAGAAUCCCUGGAGUUGAUCCUGAAAACUUGCUUAUUGGUCGCCAUUUCAUUAUUGUGCUUUCCACGGUUGUCUUUACUCUGCCUUUGUCCUUGUAUCGAGAUAUAGCGAAGCUUGGAAAGAUCUCUCUUAUUUCUACAGUUUUAACAACUCUGAUUCUUGGAAUUGUAGUGGCAAGGGUAGUUUCACUGGGUCCACACAUACCAAAAACAGAAGAUGCUUGGAUAUUUGCAAAGCCCAAUGCCAUUCAGGCUGUUGGUGUGAUGUCAUUUGCAUUUAUUUGCCACCAUAACUGCUUCUUAGUUUAUGGUUCUUUGGAAGAACCUACGGUAGCUAAGUGGUCUCACAUCAUCCAUGUGUCCACCUUGAUUUCUGUAUUUAUCAGUAUUCUCUUUGCUACGUGUGGAUACUUGACAUUUACUGGCUACACCCAAGGAGACUUGUUUGAAAAUUAUUGCAGAAAUGAUGACUUGGUAACAUUUGGAAGGUUUUGUUAUGGAGUCACUGUCAUUUUGACGUACCCAAUUGAAUGCUUUGUGACUAGAGAGGUAAUUGCCAAUGUGUUUUUUGGUGGGAAUCUUUCAUCAGUUUUCCACAUUAUCAUAACUGUGGUUAUCAUUACCAUGGCCACACUUGUGUCACUGCUGAUUGAUUGCCUUGGAAUAGUUUUAGAGCUCAAUGGCGUGCUCUGUGCAGCUCCCUUAAUUUUUAUCAUUCCAUCGGCAUGUUAUCUGAAACUGUCUGAAGAACCGAGGACACACUCGGAUAAGAUUAUGUCCUGUGUUGUGCUCCCCAUGGGUGCUGUGGUGAUGGCUGUUGGAUUCGUCAUGGCCGUCACCAGUCCUCAAGACUGCAGCCACGGGCAGGAAAUGUUCUACUGCUCCCCAGACAAUUCCUCCCUCACAAACAUUUCAGCUUCUCAUUUUCAACUGACAACACAACUUUCCAUUUUAAACGUCAGUAUCUUUCAGUGAGUUGCCUCCUUUAAAAAAAAUAUGCAUUUUUAUAGACUUCUAAAUUGCAUAGUAACAUUCACACAGGUUUUAAUCUCCAUAUUAUAAAAUUAUUACUUUGGCAUUUAUGAGAAUUUGGUUUCUUUACUCUUUACUCCAAUGUAAAAGAUAAAAAGGAAAAGAAAGUUGAAUGUAUUUUAUCUUAAACUGGAGAAAAUAUAAAUGUUUUAAUGACUGUACUGCACAAAUCUUAAAGGCAGAAGGAAAAGUGAGGCCUUUGACAUUUGCUGCCAUCCUCUCAAAGCACUUUUCUCUUUUUAAACCAAUAUAUUGUGCUCUAAAAUGAGUAGAUGAUUGUGGGUUUAAAGUUUGUGUGUCUCCUUUAAGAAAAACAUAGAGGGCUUUUUUGUUUUUUAAAGUCUAAGGAAAACUCAAGACUGUUAAAGAGACUAGAUUUCCCAGGAACUAAGUGAAGCUCUCCAUUGUCAUUAGCAUCCAUUGUUGAGAGGGAAGUGACUCCUUGGCGUAAUGAGUAAAGUCCUGCCCAUGUUAGGAAGCAUAACUCAUAGAAUGGGCGUACAGAGCAAGGUGUGUGAGGAAUCAAAUUACCUCGCAAGUUUUGAUCCUGUGAGAAUAUAAUGGUAGUGCCAUAAAAUAAAGUAUAAAAUGAGGAAAAACCACAAGUUCUUCUGAGGCACAAGCUCAAGGGAUCAGUUCUGCAGCAGCUUUGGAGCUGUUGAAUGUGAAGAGCAAGUAGGAAGCUGAAUUUUCAGACUAGAACCUCAAGAGAAGAAUCAGGGCUACUCAAGAGGUAUUCUCAUUACUCUGGGGGUCCUUGGAGAGACUCUUGGAUGCUCUUGUUGGCUAGAUUCUCCAGAAGGAGACAGAAAGAUGGAGUGUGCCAUGUGGGGUAUUCAGCUUCCAUGGUGGCUCCGACAGUGAAGAAUUUGCCUGCAAUGCAGGAGACUCAGAUUCUAUCCCUGAGUCAGAAAGAUUCCCUGGAGAAGGAAAUGGCAACCCACUUCAGUAUUCUUGCCUGGAGCAUUCCAUGGACAGAGAAGCCUGGUGGGCUGCAGUCCAUAGGGGUCCCAAAGAGUCGGGCAUGACUGAGUGACUAACACAUAUAACUAAUGGAAGAGAGGGGGAAAGCAAGAUCAGGUGGGCUAAAUGGACCUGUAGUACAGGCUGACAGAACCUCAGCCAGGUCCACAAGGAAUCUGGAGCAUAUAUGGCCCAUCAGAGUUGUCUCAAUUCAAACGAAAUAGCCAAGUUUGAACACCCCUACCUCCAUCAGUCUUGCACAUGGGCAGCUCUUUGCAGCUGAGCAGACCCUGAAGGAACUGAGACCUGGCAGUGGUUGGCUGACGGCUGGGUCACCAAUGCUUCCUUGUGGGUGGGUGGGGGGUAGGGAUCUGUGUUUGUCACAGCUGGCCUCAGUUUUGAAUGAGAAGUUUUUCAUAUCUCAGUGAAUAUUUCAUGUUUUCAUACCCAUGACAAUCUUUUAAAAAAACAAGAAAAUUUGGGCCCAUUUGGAUGGCUAGCUUAAGUCAUGUAUCACCCAUGAUUUCAUUUCUCACCUUUUCAUUUAUAUUUCAGUCAAGUUAUCAAGUUGACAGUCUAUAGUAUUAUAUUAAUUGUUGUCGAAUAGUGAGAAAAUAUGACACAGUUAAUACACACCUGAUGUGUUUGUACAAAUCACAGCCAAAAAAAAAAAAAACCCACAAGAAGUAUAUAAUGAAUAGUUUCACAGCAGUUUGAAUACAGAAGUGGUGAAAGCUGAGUUCUCAUGUGACUUAUAAUAAGAAAGGCCUAUUGAAAGCAAAGAAAACUGCCUCUUAGCCAGCAGGGCCAUGCUCAGGCUUUGAGUGGUAGUCUUUACUCCAAUAAAACAUCAUCCAUGCCGCUAAAUUAAUACAAAUUAUUUUGGCUAUAUAGCUUUUCUGUAUUUCAUUUAUACAGUUGGUUUUUGUAGUUGGUUAAGAAUCAUAAAGUUAGGUGAUUUAUAUUCAUUCUUAUAUUGAAACAUGUUUUGGUGAAAUACUAAUAAAAAUACUAAUACUAGUGCUAAAAAAUACUAAUAAAAAUGCUUUCAUUCCUAACUGAGAGAAUGUGAGAAAAUUUUGCAGCAGUUCAUCCCUACAUUACUCAGGGCUGAGAAACACUGACCUACAUAGUUAUUAGAUAAAGUCAUAGGAGAUGAGAUUUCCAAGGGUGUACAAAGAAAAAUACGUCAAGGAUAAACGUAAUUUAAUGCGUAACCUUCCUAUUAUCUUGUACUUUUGCUAUUGCUUCAGAUACAUUAACCUUGGCUCAAGCUGGUGAAAAGUUCCAGAUAGGAACUGAGUGCUGCAUUAAUGCCUAACAAAUAUUUGUUCUGGUUUUGUGUUUUCCAAAUCAACUGUAGAAAAAGACUACCUUGGACCCAGUUAUUAGCUGCAAAGUUUACCAACAUCUUUCAAAUCAUGGUUGAAUAAGUGUUAGAAACACGUCUAUUUCACAAGAAUACUUACUAAUAUUUUGCCAACAUUCAGAACUUCGAGAACCACCCCUUCUGUGUUCUGCCUUAAAUUAAUGAGGUUUCCACUGAAACUUAUUCCCAGCGCCUGCUACCUCUUACCCCUAACAAAACAACUUGAAUAUUUAAUCCAGUUUUGCGCUUGUUUGACCUUAUAAAGUUCUUCUUAAUUUAAAAAAGGAGGAGAAGGAAUAGUAUCAUUACACACUAAUGCACACAUAGAGCACUACAUUUCCUUUAAAGGAUAUAGAUUGGAUGGCAUCUGUAAAACUUACUAAUUGGAUCUUUGUACCUAUCACUUAUAAUUGGAUCUCUAAUAUCAACCCUAACUUCCAGUAUUAAAACAGGGAGAUUGCUUUGCCUCUGACUGGCUACAGUGGUAUCAAGCAAUAAUUGUUGUCUCUUGUCUUUCCUAAAAAGACUCUGAAAUCCUGGUUAUCCAAUCAGGAAAAUCUCAACUAGUCCUCCUCUGUAGUCAUACUGCGCAGCACACAUCACCUUAAUUAAAGAUGAAUUUAUUGGAAAGGAGCAGGCCUCCUUCUGGUUUAUCUGCUGUGAUCUUCUCAGGAAGCUGUGCUAGUCUGUUUUUCAGUAGAGCUGGCCACUGACAGGGCCAGGUGUUGUCGGGUAUUCUCAAGCAUGGACCAGCAAGUGACCAUGAGAUGAGGAACCCAUAAAUGCUUAAGUGACAUUGAUGGAGGUAAUAAUUAGCUGCACCAAUCAAAUAAGCUCCUUGAAGAAUUUGUUAUUAUUCUAAAAAGUGUAGAAAGGAUUUGCCCAGAUAACAGUAGACAUGCAGAGUGCAUGAGAGGUACCAUGAGCAGGAGAACAUAAGACUGGGAGAGAAAGAAAACAGUACAGUCAUCCUCUAGAACCGUGGUUCACAAACGUCAACACGGGUCAGAAUCAUUGAAAAAAAAAAAAGAAAAGUGCUAGUUGCUCAGUCAUGUCUGAUUCUUUGCAACCCUAUGGACCGUAGUCCACCUGGCUCCUCUGUCCAUGGAAUUCUCCAGGCAAGAAUACUGGAGUGGGUAGCCAUUCCUUUCUCUAGGGGCUUUUCCCAUUCCAGGGAUGGAACACAGGUCUCCUGCAUUGCAGGCAGAUUCUUUACCAUCUGAGCCACUAGGGGAGGCCCAAGAUCAUUGGAGGGCUUGUUAAAAUACAGGUUGCUGGGCCCCACCAAUAGUUUCUGGUUCUGGGGUGAGGCCUGAGAAUUUGCAUUUGUUCAAAGUUCCUAGGUGAUCCGACUGCUGUUCAUUCAAAAACCAUAUUUGAGUAAGGAUGGAGGUUGGACAAAAGAGAGAUGGCAGAUGGGGCCAUUGGUUCAGAGGCUGAGCAGAAGACAGCAGUGUGUAGAAAUGCCAGGCUGGAGUUCAGAAGGGAACUGGGAGUGGAGACAGGAGAGAGAGGUCUUGGCAGAGUAACUGUACUUUUCCUUUGUCUCUUUGAAAACUCAUUUGGAGAAACUCAAGGAGGGGAGAGGAGGACCCAGACAGGAAGAUUAGUGAAGAGCAAUGACAAGGGAAGGGAGGGGAGCGAACAAAGAAGGAAACAGAUUACAGUCUAAAGACAACACAGCUGCUGUGUUAAGCUGAAGGCCUGGUUUGGAACCUACAGGCAUUCAGGGAAGAAUGUGUGAGCGCCAUAGCUCUUAUUAUGAGAAGGAAGAAAAUAUACGGUUUCCUCAAAAAUACACCAAGUUUUCCUAGGACUAAACCAAAUGUCUUACUUGGAAAAAAAAAAUCUUAUUGGAACAUGAAUAAAACUGGGCUGUACUCAUAAUAACAUCAUGCAGAUAAAGAAUGCAUGUAGCUAUCUUUAAAGGAUCAUUCCACUAAAGUCUGCUCAUUGAAAAUGAUCAAUACAUUUAAUUUUGGAAUUUUUUACUAUAUUGUUCCUUUAUAGUGCUAUGCUAAAUGUUUCAUUUUUUUAAAAAGGCAUAUAGAGAUUUAGCCUGUCCUUCAUUCCUAACACCUACCUGAUUCUGGUUCUUACCAACUCACACCCAGACUCAGGCCUCUUACCUGAGCAUUCUGCUUCCAGGCUCUCCUCCCUUCAAGAUUAUUUGUGCAUCACUCCAAAUCAUUUCACUAAAUGAAUGCUUUAAUAACACCAAAUGCUUGUUCAAAAGCUUUCCAUGAUAAACUCUUCUACUUACAGGAUAAGGUACAACUCUGAAGCCUGUAUUCAAAGGUUUUAUAACAUGGCCUCAACCUGUUGUUCUGGCCUCAUCUUCCAUGACAGCAGGAAGGAACUCUUUUUUCUGGCCUAACUAAAGCAUUGCUUUAUACCAAAAUUGCUUUCUGCUGCUAUUGCCAUUGCUCUUGAAUUCUUGCCAUUUCCUCAUCUGAAAUAUCCAAGCCCUUCUUUCCCAUCCUCAUCACAUUCUAUUAGUCCUCCAGUCUUCUCCCCCUGCCAUCCCUGACAACUCUAGCUGCAAGGUAAUUCUACCUCCUUUGGGAUUCUUUGUCUUGCAGUAAUGUUAUAUGAAGAAACCAUGUCCAGUCAACCAGACCAAAAGUGUGUUUUAAAGUCUCUUUAUUCUUCAUAGUCCAUAACAUGGUGUCUUAAAAGUAGUAAACACCUAAGUAUUAGACGUGAGAUUGAUAGUAUAAAAAGGGAAAAUUGUUGAUUGUACUUACAGCCAUACAUAUUAUUUUAAUUGCACUUUUCCGACUAUAAUGAUUGUCAUUCAGUGAAGUACCAAGUUAAUGUGAUGCAGUCAUUCAUCUAACAAGUUGGUUUAGGUAAUUAAAUUGAGGUUCUUGUUUUGCUUCACUAAGCACAGAAGCUUCACAGAAACUGUUUAGAAUAUUCUUUAAAGAAUUCUUCAAGUGCAUACCAAUUAGCACAUAUCUUUUUGUUCAUUUUGACUGCUAAAUACAAAUUUUCUUGUCUCUUACUUAUUUGCAAGCUCCUCGGGCCUAAGACCAUACUUAAUAUUUUUUGCCAAUAUAUACUCAUGUAUCUUACUCAUUCAAGAUGCUUGGAUAAACAUUGAAUAACUUGAAUUUACCUAAUUCAGAGGUAUUUAAGUAAAAUUUGUAAUUUGCAAGAAAAACUUUCCUCAAUUCCUUCAUUUAUUAUUGUUCCUAAAGAAACAAACAGUCAAAACUUUAAAGCAUACAAUUACCACCUUGUUUAAUCUCAUCUGACAGCUUAGUAAUUUGAUAGAACACUAAAAAAAAAAGAGGUGGUUUAGGAACACACAGGCAACAAUUUAAGGAAAACACCUGAGGCAACAAAAGAUUUUGCAGUUUAAAAUUUGAAAGCCUUUGAAAAAUUUUAUUUCCAAGGCACAGUGGCAGCUGUGUGUUUAUUAUCUUUUAAUUUUGUUUUGCCAGAGGACAACAGGGCUAGUUCCAGAAAAACAAAUCCACUCCAGGCUUCUUACAGUCAGGUCCCUCUCAUAACAGUAGUGUUCUUUAGUUCUUUAGGUUCUGAGAGAAAACAUCUUCUAAGAAAAAAAGCAAAAUUAUUGUACCCCAGAAUGACAGCCUUUGGGUGGCCUCUGACAUUUCUUACACAACUUUACAUUCUUGUAAAGUCUUAAAAAUAAUUUUCUAAGUUACCUUAACCCUUUUAACUGUUGUUUCUCUGUGUCCAAGACAUAGACAUGGAAGUUGAGUGAUAUGACCUUGGGUUUUAUGUGCUCUGUGUUUCAAAGCAUUUCAUAAUAAAUUUAAAUUUGUUUUUAAAAAAACUACAAGAAUAGACAGGAUAGGAGUUAACAAUAAAAAUAUUUUUAAAAAAUAGGGCUUAGAAAACCCUUGGGUUUUAUAGAAGUGGGUAGUUAAUUGUACAAACCUAGUGGGAGAUGCUAGAAGACAUUCUGGCCUUUCAAAGUAGAUAUUUUAAAGAGACUGAGAAAUUUUAAAGUAUUAGCUUCAGGUGGCAAUUUUUCUCAGAACGAAUGAUUUUAAAUGUAUAAUCUACAUGCCAUCUGAGGACUCCUCACCCCCAAGUGAACUGGCUAAACUUGAUCCUAAACCCCAUCCCACACUCAGGAGCCUACUCCUUAAUUUUGGUAAAUUAUUCUGGCUUAUGUUCUUAUGAUUCUCUCUGAAACCAUAAACCAGUGUUCUUUUGCUCCAUACCUGUAAAAGUCCAUGACACUCCAGAUGCAAAACACAGUCCCUUCAACAAUUUCCAUAAAAACCUAUUCACAUCGUUUGUUUUUGUUGUUUAGUUGCUAAAUCGUGUCUGACUCUUUGCAACCCCUUGGACUGUAGCUUGCCAGGCUUCCCUGUCCUAUCUCCUGGAGUUGGCUCAAAUUCAUGUCCACUGAGUCGGUGAUGCUAUCCAACCAUCUCAUUCUUUGACUCUCCCUUCUCCUUUUGCCUUCAGUCUUCCCCAGCAUCAGGGUCUUUUCUAAAGAGUCGGCUUUGAUUGCAUUGUGUAUAUUCUUAUAUUGUGGUGUUGUUGCACCUUUUGAAAAUUUAGAGUGCUUAGGAGGAAGAGUCACAUAGGCUUCGCCUCCUAAGCUCCUCCUCAACUCAUUUUUCAUCUCCUUCAGAUUAACCAGCACCUAUUUCACUGUGACUUCCUCAGUGAGGUCCCAGCACCUCCAAGCCUCGAGGAGACCCCAAUUCCACUUCACUCCGUACUUCAUCAUUGUAUUUUGUCAACACAAAUUCCAUUCUCUUCCUAGGAAGAGUUCAGGUGGAAGCUGUCAGCACCUUCACGUUUUUCCAUUUCCUGACAAACAUGUACACCAUCAUUUAUAUUCUGAAUUGCACUUCUGGUGGCUUCACUUUCCAUAAAAAGAGAGGACCAGAAGACUUCUGCUUGCAAAAAAAGCAAAAAUUAAAACUUGGAAAAAAUGAAAUUAAAACUUGGGUUCAUGGCAUUAAACAGGAACAGUUCCAUUCAAAUGGGUAACAGAAGGUUGAUCAGCUCCCACUGUGGUUUCCCAACACAGCGAACCCACAUGGCUUAAAGCUGUGUUCCCACAGGCCCCUCCUGUGUGUCUCCAGCCAGUGUAGUUUCUCAGCUCAACACCUGUACUAUGCUCCAAACAACAGCUGUGUCUUUGCCUACUUCCUCUGCACACCAGAUAAAACUGGCCUUUCAGAAUUAGAUUAGAGCAAGCCCAGCUGUUAUGGAAUUCCUUAAUCACUUAUUUUUGCAUGCCUUUUUUUUUUUUCCUAAAUAAAUGUUAAACAGCUUACAA